AACUAUGAUCAGUGGAGUCGGUGAACGCGCGCGGUGAUAAGCGACUGGCGAACAGCUGCUGACUUGUGGAUCGGCCGUUGCUGUCGUCCGAACAUAAGACGCGACGAGGGACCAAAAGAUAUCCAACCGACGAGCUGGUGUGAACGUUGUCCGCUUGGACAGCCAGACAGAUGUUGCAAUCCGUUUGAACGACUACAAGAUGGCAAGGCGGUCCUCAGCGCUUGCGGUAUUGGCCCUGUUGUCGCGUUGCUGCUAUUGCCGUGCGGCUGUUUCGAACGACCUGUCGCCAUUGUCUCUGGAUCGGUUCUAUGGACAAAACCAAGUGGAUGAUACAGAUAACUCUGAUAACUCUAAUAUUGAUGUAUUUAAUCAAUUUCAUUUACAUGAAUCUUCUGAAUGGCCUUUUCCAAAUAAAAUUGAUAACAGUAUAGGUCAAAUAUCUGGAGUAUCUAUUAGCAAAGACAAUCUUGUGUAUAUUUUCCAUAGAGGUAAUCGAGAAUGGAACCAAUCCACUUUUCUGGAAAAUGAUGUUUACAGGGAUAGAUCUCAAGGACCAAUAUCUGGACAUGCAGUUGUUAUACUUGAUCCAAGAAAUGGCUCAGUUAUCAAAAGAUGGGGGAGCCACAGAUUUUAUAUGCCUCAUGGCAUAACUGUGGAUCAUGAAAAUAAUGUUUGGCUUACUGAUGUUGCUCUUCAUCAAGUGUUUAAAUUUGGCCCUAGUUUAGAAAGUAGUUCUGAAAAUCUUUUAAUGACAUUGGGUACUGCAUUUGAACCUGGAAAUGAUUUAAAUAAGUUUUGUAAACCAACAUCAGUGGCCGUUACAACUAAUGGUGAAUUUUAUAUAGCUGAUGGAUAUUGCAACUCACGUAUUGUUAAAUUUUCUGCUGAAGGACGAAUACUGUUGGAAUGGGGCCGAUCCACUAAAGUAUCAGGAGAUUUGCCUUUGCCUCCUUAUCAACUAUGGAUUCCUCAUGCAUUGACAUUAGCUGAAGAUAAAGGUUUGAUAUGUGUGGCUGACCGUGAAAAUGGCAGAGUAUUAUGUUUCGAUAUUAAUAAUGGAACCUUCAGAUCUGAGAUUAAUACACAUUUAUUUCAACGUAUUUUCAGUGUUGCUUAUUCACCAAUAGCUGAUGGUGUGUUUUAUGUACUCAAUGAUAAGAAUAUGGAUAUUACAACUGAAAUAUUAUCACAAGGAAUUGUGAUUAAUGCUACAUCAUUAGAAGUUAUUGGGCGAUUUCAUCCUAAUGAAAAUGAAUUUGUAAGACCUCAUGAUAUUGCUAUUAGCCCUGAUGGAACAUCUGUUUAUAUUGUUGAACUCGUAAGAUCUCAUAUACGAAAAUUUGAGUUAGACUUAGACAUUCAAAACUUAUACAUAAAUAAAAGUCUUACUCCACUUAAUUUUUCAGAACAUGAACUAAAGCUGUACAAAUAUAACAUAUUGAAAAAUUGCCCUGGGCUGAGAGAAAAUACAGGCAAACAAAUUUUAGUAAUUAUGCUAAUAAUUGCUGUAGGUUUAUUCUUUACCGCUGCCAUAUUUGUAACUAUUGUAAUAUAUGCUAGAACUAAAUCAAUGGCUCACAGGAAAGAUGUGACUUUCAGUCGCUGGCAUCCUCGGACGUUAAAUGCUGAUGGAUUUACAUUGGGCAAUAUUUUCAACAAGAAACAACGAGCUGGUUUUGAGAAACUCGCAACUGUCGAGGUGAGUGAAGACGAUGACGAUGACGACGGCAAUGAUCUUACCGCGAGGGCUUGAUAUUAUAAUAAUCUACAGUGUUAGUGGAUAAAAUUUAUCGUUACACUAUUAUUGUUAUUAUUUAUUUAUUGUUAACAAUAUAUUUUUUUGCCUGAUUCGAUAA